UGACAUGAACCUAACCUAUAGAACGCGAUAUCAAAAAUGAGAUUCGUAUUUUGAUUUCGAUAAUUAGUGAUAAAACGAUGUGACGUUUGUUGCGUUUGUAAUUUGUUCGACUAAAUCGCAAGUUGAAAAGAAGCACCCCCCGAAUUGGAAACCGAUGCCACCAUAAACGCGCCUUGUCGACAAAAAGAUCAAUUAUUUAACGUUUGUUCCGUCAAAAACAUGUACGCUUGGGGCAGCACGAUACACGGGGAGCUGGGGCUCGGCGGCAUCGAAGAGGAACACAUUUUGACUCCCCGUUUGCACGACUGGUGCUUAGCCGAUACUGUGAUAGACGCGGCCUUAGGUGAUAACCAUACACUGUUCCUAACUAAAGAAGGAAAGUUAUAUUCCUGCGGGAACAACGACUACGGCCAACUGGGGCACGACCAACCGAGGAAAAGGCCACGUAUGUCAUUGUUUAAGCCCGUCAUCGGGUUGGAUUCGUACGAUAUCGCUCGCGUCGCUUGCGGAACGACGCACAGCGUCGCCCUUAGCCGAUGGGGCGGGGCUUUCUCGUGGGGUUCCGACUACCACGGUCAGCUCGGCCAGCAAUUGGGCGAAAAAAUUCAACCGGUACCGAAAAUUAUUCGCAGUGUCGCCCCCUACCACUUGGUACAGGUGUGUUGCGGGCAACGUCACACCGUCGCCCUGUCCAACGGGGGCGAAAUUCUCGCGUGGGGCGCCAACAAUUUCGGCCAACUCGGGUUGGGUACGUUCACGACGGGCGAACCGGUACCCUCGGUCGUCACUUCCCUCAAAGGGGUACCGAUCGCUUUCAUUGCGUGCGGCGCGAACCACACGUUCGCCGUAUCGAAAUCGGGCGCGGUCUACGGGUGGGGGAAAAACACCAAAGGACAGCUCGGUCUCAACGACGCCCUAAACAAGAUGUUCCCGACUCAAUUGAGGACGUUGCGAAACCUCAAGGUCAAGUAUAUCGCGUGCGGCGAAGAAUUCUCCGCUUUCCUCACGUCCGACGGGGGCGUGUUCACUUGCGGGGCGGGGACUUACGGUCAGCUGGGUCACGGGGGCAGCACCAACGAGAUCCUGCCCCGGCAAGUGAUCGAACUGAUGGGUUCCACAGUGACGCAGAUAGCUGCCGGUAGGCAGCAUUGCCUCGCCUUGGUGCCCUCCAGAGGGCGCGUCUAUAGUUUCGGUAUAGGCGGGUCCGGACAGUUGGGUACCCGGAAGCCUAGCAGCGCGUCGACGCCCCAGGUCGUUUUGGGACCGUGGGUGUCGCCCGGCGGGAAGGCCCUGCUCCUAAGAGACGACGCCCAUGAGCUGAACUUGGUGAUACAUAGGAUAUUCGCCGGUGGCGACCAUUGUUUCGUGUCGGUGGUGCCUCGGGGGCGGAAGUUGCCGUGUUACGACUGUCGCGACUACAAUCCGGAAACUCAAAUACUCACGCUCACGUAUAGCUACGUGAAGACGCUGACCCGGAUACCGGAGAACGGGCAGGUCGACCAGGAAGUGUUGACGUUUCUGGAGACCGCGUUCCGCAGUCUCGCCUGUCUGAACGGCUCGUUCCUGACCGAGAACGACAAGAGUUACCCGUGCAGCAGCAAACACCACGGCGUCGACGUCGAGAUCGCCGGCAAAACGUUCAGUCUGAUCGGGAAAAUCGAAAAGCAGAGCAUAAGGGACCUGGUUUGGAACUGCAUCACGGAGGACGUGCUACGUCAGCUGGUACCGAACCCGCCCGACGUCGAAGCGUUGAGGGCGUACCUGGUGCUGCCGCUCUACCACGAGUUCAGUAACCCGAGGCAGUACCCCAGGUUGCAGAAACCCUUCGCUAGUGCGUUCCUCGCUCUCAAACCGCCCGCCGACAAGAUCGUCGGCGGAUGGUGGGCGUCCGCCUCCGUCGACUACUUCGAGAGACUCGUGAACGUCUUCAAGAUCGUAGCCGGGUUCAUUUUGCGCAACCAGAAGAUCCCCCAGGGACGGACCGUCUUUUAUGACGCCGCUUUAGUCGCCGCGCUCGACGUCAUGGCCUUCCUGAACAAAAUCAAUUAUGGCGGCGACGGCUACAAGGUGUGCCACGAUGUGUUCCACAUCAACGACCUGCAGGAUUACCUCGACGUGAGGGUCGACUACGUCAUGUGGCUCUCGGACAACGGAACCGACAACCGUCUGUUCCUGUGCAAUUACCCGUUCGUGUUCGACGCGCACGCUAAGCUCAGCCUGCUCGAGACCGAUCAGACGAUCCAGAUGCAGAACGCGAUGCACAGCGCGGCGCAGCAGGCCGUGCUCGCCGCCAUGUUUAACCCCGCCCGCACCGCCGUCGUCUACCAAUUCCUGGUGUUGAACGUCACCCGCGAGCACAUCAUCGAAGACACUCUACGGGAGCUGUCCAACGUGAACCCUCGCGAUUUGAAGAAGCCGCUCAAGGUGAAGUUUUGCGGCGAAGAGGCGGAGGACGCGGGCGGCGUCACCAAGGAGUUCUUCAUGCUCCUGCUCCGCCAGAUCCUCGACCCGAAGUACGGCAUGUUCAGGGAGUACGAGGAGACGCGGACGAUAUGGUUCGCGGAGAACGCGUUCGAAGAAGACAACGUAUACUUUUUGAUAGGGAUGAUCUGCGGACUGGCCAUCUACAAUUUCACCAUCAUCGAUAUCCCGUUCCCGUUAGCGCUCUACAAGAAGCUGCUGCGCGAGCCUGUCGGCCUGUCGGACGUCAAAGAUCUGUCGCCGACGAUAGCGCGUUCCUUAAAGAGCGUGCUAGACUACGCGGACGACGACAUGGAGGACGUGUUCUGUCUAUCUUUCGACGUCAGUCGCGACGUGUGGGGCGAGGUGGUGACGGUCGAGCUCAAACCCGGCGGCUCCCAGAUCCCGGUCAACCAGGAGAACAAACACGAAUACGUCCAGCUGUACAUCGAUUACGUGCUGAAUAAGUCGGUAGAGCAGCAGUACCGCGCGUUCCACACCGGUUUCAUGAAGGUGUGCGACGGCCGCGUCAUCAAACUGUUCUACUCGUACGAGCUGAUGGACGUCGUGAUCGGCAACGAGAACUAUGACUGGCACGCGCUUGAGGAGGCGGCCGAGUACAAGAACGGAUACAAGUCGUCCGACCCGACGAUACGGAACUUUUGGGAGGUGCUCCACGAGAUGUCGCUGGAGGACAAGAAAAAGUUCCUCAUUUUCCUCACGGGUACCUAUCGGAUCCCGAUCCAGGGCAUGAAGGGGAUCAAGAUCGUCGUCCAGCCGACCGGCGACGACAACUUUUUACCCGUCGCCCACACGUGUUUCAACCUGCUCGACCUGCCCCGAUACAAGACCAAAGAGAAGCUGCGGUACAAACUGCUGCAGGCCAUCCAGCAGACGGAGGGUUUCUCGCUAGUGUGACGUCGCUUGUUACUUU